UCUCUCUCUCUCUCUCUGCCUCCCUCUCUCCCUCCCGCGGCUGCUCCAGGUCCCUCGCUGGUCCCUCUCUUCCGUAUUAGUUUCCAAAAGGCAUCUUUAAUGCUGCCAGAGAGCGCGCUGUGAGGCAGCAAGAAAGCGAGGCGAGCGGAUUGCUAUCUUUGUGACAGCUUUUCCGCUUGGCAGGCUGCGUGUGAGCCGGGGACCUGGACUGGACUGUGGUGUUUCGUGGAGGAGGUGGGAGAGGAGGUGGAGGAGGGAGAACUGAGGGGCAAGCUGGACAGAUGGAGGACGGCACCCAACAACUGGGACACUGCAUGGUUGACAUGAAGGAGCUGAGUGCCAACCCUGAAGGACUGACCGCUGCCGGUGUUUUUCUAACACCCAAGCUGCCUCAGGUGGAGUUCAGCCUUGCCUGUAAUGAUCUGGUGACCUCCGGCAGGGACAGGAAGCCCAAUGCUUUGGUCCAGGUGGCUGUCAUAGAUCCCCACAAGCAGAACCUGGUCUCUCAUGCCUGCACAGAGAUAGUGGAGGCGAACAAAGACCCGCUGUUUCUGACGGGGGUGACCUUCCCUUCAGAGUAUCCUGCUAGCCCGGAGACACUAGUCAAGCUAACUGUGUAUGAUGCAAAGGACAAGAGCCAGGAAUCUAGCAGCUUCCUGGGCAGCGCCACAUUUUCAGUAGGUGAUCUGCUGAGGGCUAAAGAUGAACGACUGACCUUGAGUCUCAGGUCAUCUGAUGGUGUAUGCACAGCAGGAACAGUGGUGGUGAGUCGUCUGAAGAUGGGGGAGAUGGAGGAGGUCGACGUAGACCACAUCACCACCGACAUACCAUCACACAAGUGUCCCUUGGUUUGUGAGUCUGCGUCCCAUGCCUGCAUCGACAGAGAAAAUAACCCACUUACAGGACCAGUGUUCAAGAACCCAAUAUGCAAGGUGUACAGAUUUCAGACGAUGGACAGCAAGUGGAUGCUUGUGCGGGAACAAAUGGAGGAGUGCACGUUGUCUUUUAGCAUCCCCAAACAGCUGCUCUCACUGUAUAUUCAGGAGGACAUGGGCAGGGUGCAGGACCUGAGGGAGCUGGGGGAGCUCUCCCCUCACUGGGACAACCUAAGAAAAGAAGUGAUGACCCGAUACGGAGGAAUCAUCAGCUCGUACCAGGAGACUUUGGCAGAACUGGACAAGAUUACUGGUCGUUCAUUCAAGCCAAGCUGCUGCAAAGCCCAGAAGUCUCUGGAGUUCAUCCCGAUAAACUUGCACACCCAGAGGAUGAGGGUGACAUGCCCCAGAAAAACAGAUGCGUUCUAUGACAUUGUCACUGUUGGUGCUCCUGCAGCCCAUUUCCAAGGGUUCAAAUGUGGUGGCAUGCAGCGUCUCCUUAGCAGAUAUGAAGGAGAGAAAAAGAGCUUCAGUACUGCCUACCAGUGUAUCUACUACUCCCCAGAGCACACAGCCAAAGCUCAGGAGGUACUCAGCACCAUGAGCCUCCUCCAGCCCCUCAUCACAAGCUUAGCGGACCAACUCCUCCAGGCCGCCCAGGAGCACUCUUCCCCUGGUCUGAGGGAUGCACUCAAGAACCUUUCUGACAAGACAGAGCAAUUUGUCCACACACUAAAGGAUGAAUUGGUCAAAAGUGCACUAUUGGCACUGCAUGCCGCCCGGCCCGGAUACGUUUCCAAGAACCAAAAGCAGACUCCGGUGCAGGGAGGCCAGCAUCAAGGCCAUAUCCACCAGGGUAGCGAGCAGAAUCAGAGCCCAGUCCAGGGACUUCCAGGCCACAGCCCGACCACGUCAAUCACUGAGAGCACAGCGGUGUGUAAUAAUGUAGAAGGAUCACAAACCACGACUAGAGGAGACGGUGGGCCGCUGAAGCACCUAGACUCCAUACCGCACCAUAAAGAGUACGACGAGGAGGAAUGGGACAGGGUGUGGGCCAACGUGGCCAAAUGCCUCAACUGUGUAAUCGCCAUGGUGGAUAAACUCCAGGAGGAGGACAACAGCAAGCAGGAGCCGGUCCCUGAGCAGCAGCUAGCUGAUGUCAUCACCUCACACAACCCCGGUGAUUGGAGGGAGCAGCUGCGUCCUCUGGUGACCAGGUUAAAGGAGUGUGUGAUGGAGGUGGUGGAGAAGGCAAAGAGAGCUAUGACCUUUGUGCUCCUGCAGGAGGCAGCCUGCAGCAUACCACAGGGUUUUCUCCUGCAACAGAGGCGAGAUGUGGUCUUCAGUCAGGCACUGGCAGCCUUAGCCUGUGGCUUCGUCAUGAGGCUGUAUGCAGGAAUGCAGGACCAAGGCUUCCUGAGGCAGCUACACCUGGUCGGCCUGGUGGCCCAGUUUGAGAGUCUGCUCAGCACCUACAGUGAGGAGAUCGGGAUGCUGGAGGACAUGGAGGUAGGAAUCUCAGACCUGCAGAGAGUCAUGUUCCAGAUCACAGAGGCCAAGACAGAUGACCUCAGUGACCUCCAGCCUUUAGUGUGUGGCCGACGAGACCACUUCACCGUAGAAGUGCCAUUACCACGACUGGUUUUCCAGACCUUGCCAGAGGAGAUCAAGGAGGGCAAGCCUCUGCGAGUAUUCCCGGUGCUGUUUAACGUGGGCAUCAAUGAGCAGCAAACAAUAGCAGAGAGGUUUGGAGAUAUCUCUCUACAAGAGAGGAUAAACCAGAAGAACUUUGAGAUGCUAGAAGCCUAUUACAAAUCAUUAAGUGAAAAGGUGCCACAAGAAUGUCUACCAUGUUUCCAGACACAGGCUGACAUAAAGAAAUUACUUGAAACCCUGGGCCAGAAUGUAGUUACAAAGAAGAGAAAGAAUGUGGAGAUACUGUGGAUUGCUGGAACGAUCUGCCGAAGGUUAAAUGGCAUCAGGUUUACCAGCUGUAAAAGUGCCAAAGACCGGACGUCCAUGUCUGUCACAUUAGAGCAGUGUGCCCUCCUACGGGAUGAACACCAGCUCAGCAAGGAUUUCUUCAUCCGUGCUCUGGACUGUAUGCGGAGUCGGCUGACCCAGGGAGACAUUGGGCAGUGGGAGGACCCUGAGGCUGGCGCCGUGACAGAGAACAAACCAGCGUCACGACACUUUUACCCCAUUGCCCUGCUGCUCGUUAGCUCCCACUUACUGGUUGUGUGGCUCAUUUUAAGUCUUGUUUUUCUGCUUGCAAAAUAUCAAUAAAUUGCUGACAAUGGCAUCUCUACUCACUCCUUUUUUCUCUGUGUUUGCUGGUUGUACUUUGAUGAGCGGUGGUUGAGGGAUUUGACUGGCUCUAUUGUAUCAGCGCGAGUUAUUUAUUAUCGACCUCGAGCUGUGGGAUGUUAAUCCCUGAGCAGCAGUGACAGAUUGAUUUCAGUCACAUGGUGUUAAGCGAAAUAACCAGCAAUCAAAUAUUUACUCUGUCUUGAUUUUCUGUAGGUCUUUCCUGAUUAACUUCGAGUUAGUCUUUAAUAUCUGACAAACACAAACUUUCCUGAGACAAACGCUUGCGCUAACUGCAUAUCAAUGCAUAAAGUUAAUGUUGAAUCUUCAUUUUAAGGUUGAAGCCUGGCAUUAAUCUAUAUUUUCCCUCUAAAAGCAGCAGUUGUUGUCCCUACUAGUACUAAGAAUGCAACAGUGCUGACAGAAGCACCAAAGUGGCGAUCUGAUUUAAGUUUCAACAACAUCUCGACCCACGACUACUAAAACAAUAAAACAGAAAAGCAUCGAUUACAACACACACAGUGGGAGCAGGACUUCAUUCUCUGCCCAGGACAACAUGACUCUAUAUGUCUACAUUACUAAUAUUUGUUUAUCGCUAUAAUAGUGUUUUGAGGAGCCACAUGAGAAAAAAAAAAUUUGAAAUCUCGACUUUGAAACUCGAGAUCUCUCGACCUAUGGGGUGUACCCAAUUAUUUGAAAAAUUAUUUAAAUAGAGUAAAUGAAGUUCACCGCUAUUCCACUAGGGGAAGCUUAACAGAUUUUGUACCACCUAGAGUUAAGACAAACAUGGGUAAAAAGUCAUUUCUUUAUGCUGGAACUAUUCUUUGGAACAGGUUACCUGGCCCACUUCAAUCAAUCUUUCAAUCAGAAGCAAACGCAGUUUUAAACAAAACUUGAAAAUGGUUUAAACACCAAUCUUAGAAUGUUGGCAAUCUGUAUCUGUCGUGUAUAUUUGAAACUGUAAUUUAUGUUUUUAUGUGGCUUAUGAAUGAUUGAUGCAUGUAUCUAUGUAUGUAUGUAAGAAUGAUACUUGUUUGAUUUAUGUAAGAUAUGCUGCUACUUGCCCCUGUCUCCUGCCUUAUAGGGACCACAAUGGAAAUAAGCCUUAGGGCUUUAUUGUGUCAUCCCUGACUAUGUUUUAUCUAUUUAUACUA